GGUACAAUUUAUUGCGCAUUAGAAGUGUAAAUACUCGGUACUAUCAAGUUCUGAGUAAAAGUAUGUAGUGCCUUUGGAUGGAAUAAUGCUUUAUUUUGCCUUACUUAUGGCUCCUAUCUAAUUUAAAGUUUUAGUACUGGAUCAUCUUUUCACAUCACCUGCUGGGUUUACUCUGAAAGAAAGGCCCAUGACUGCCUGGCUAUUGCAUUGUCCAGAAGACUAGAGGUACAUUUUUCCUGCAGAUGUCCUGUUUAUGUAGAUCUGUAGUACCUGAAGUACUUUACAAAUGCAUUCAAGAGCAUAUUUAAAAUCAGAGUAAAUACAAGCCAUUUAUGGGACUGUAUGUAUGAACUGUGACUGAGCUACCUGUCCAGAGUCCAGAGGAUUUUCCCUUUCCUGUGUGCAAGGGUACUCUUUAAAAUCUGAAGAUUAUAAUUAGUAUUAGUAUAAAAUUUUUCAAAUGGCUGGUGUCUUCUGCAUUUACAUCACUUCAGUAUCUGAGCACGUAUGUCUCUUAAAUAUUUUAAGUAUCAUAGGAGCCCAGAGGGUAGGUCGAUGCUCCCAUCUGUCUUGCAGGAUGUAAGGUGACAUUCUGAAGGUGAUGCAAAUAUCACAGCAGAGUACCCAGAAAUGGAGCUCAUUGCCAUGCAUUUCAGUCAGUUUUCCCUAGAAAAAGUCUCUCAGUUCUUAAUUUGAUACAACUCAAUUUAGGGUGUUAAGAUUGUGAUUAUUCAGGGUCAAACCUGGAGUGGUCCAUGUAUAGAAAGUGUAAAAAUAGAGUUAUUCUUCCAAAUUAAGCAAUCCACUUUCACAGAACUCCUAACUGGAAGAAGCUGUUACAAACCACUGGCUGUGCCACUCCACCGCAGAGUACUGCACAUCACCAGGUAGCUCUGCACAGGAUCUGGUGACUUGUGCUUCACAAAAAACACUUCUGCCAGAGAGGAUCCAGCCUUGAUCUGAAGUAUUAAGAGAUGGAUAAUCUGCUGCUGUCUGUGGUUUGUCUGUUUGCAUCUCACAUUAAUUCACCAAAUGCCUGUCUCUGCUGCCUGAGUCCUCACCAUCAUUCCCAGUACAGGUUGUUGUGUGCAGGCAGGCCACCCCUCAGACUUCAGGGCUGACAGUCAAAACAGUUGCUGAAAUCUGAGCUGUUGCCUCCAGUGUUUUGAACACUGCUUUGGCUCUUUCUUUUGCACCUCCAGGUUUCCACAAUGUAAUUUUAAAAAUCUGGAGACUAGAACUGAGCUUGUGAUUCCAUUUUUGCUCACACUGUUUUUUUUCUGAAAGGAUGAGAAAUAUUUGAGGAGUGUACUAUCCCUCCUUGCCAUACUUGCUAAUUCUGGCUUGCUGCUGGAGUCUCCUUCCAGGUCCAGCUUAUGGGAUUUGGGAUUUUUAUAUUGUGCAUUUUCUUUCUCUUUCCCCCCUCCAAGUCAGCAGUGGGGAAACAUGUUUUGGUUUGUUGUUCUUUUCAAAGGGCCUCAAGCUGCAGUGAUUUAGAUCUCUCUCUGUAUUCAUGCUGUCCUCAUUCAUAAUUCCACUUGUCUAAGUUACCAGCUUCAAAUUCUGAAAUGUUUAUUUCCCACAUUGAUGAUUUACAGUCUGAAACUCUAAAAAAUAUGAUUUGAUGGUAUUUUCCUAUGUACAAGUAUUUUGAAGACCUAACAGCCUAAACAUUAGUCCCAUACUUUACUGCAUAUCAUAGCUGAAUGUGUAGUUUAAGGCACUGAAGACAAAAUGUGGUGGAGUUGGGCAAGAUGAAAAGGAAGUAAUUCUUAUGUUCAGGCUAUUUACAUGCGUGGUUUGUUCCAUUCUGUUUCUAAGUAUGUACUGAACGUGACAUUCAUUGUGUCUGAAAUAGUAGCAGAAUAACCUAGUGGUUGCUAAGGUAAUGAGAACCCCCGUUCCCUUACCAGUUCCUGUAAAUAAAGUAUGGAAUUUAAUUUCACUCUGUGUUACCUGAGGCAGCUCUGGCAUCUGAUAAAACAAAUGAUCUCCACAUUCUUCUCCGCUUCCCUUCUGAUUUUCAUUGAAAUACUGAGAUGUUUCUCUUUUUGUAAAUAAAUGAGGCUGCCCUGCAGAUGAUGGGGUAGAAAGUAGCCUAAGAAUUAUGUCUUUUGGCUUGCAGCUGCUUUCCCUUUCUGACUUAAAAUGUAUUUGUCUUCCUGCUGAAACACUUCUAUUGCAUGUGAUCAGGGCUGAAGAUUUAACAGCCAUAAGAGUUCCUUUUUGUUUUGAUGCAGAACUUACAUAUUUGUUAUCUGUGCUUGUGCUGUGGAUUGCAAGCACAGCAUGAGCGUGAAUCCAAGAUUUAUUUCUUCAUCAAAGAAAGAAAGGUUGUCUCAAAAAACAGUAUGGUAAAUCCAGGAAUUUGCAAAUGCUGGACACCAGUAGAUGGUGAGAUACUUACCUGGUGAAAUGAUUCUUGGCAAGGAUUAUUACUGGCCUUGGGAGUGCAGGCAGCAAACAAGAAAUCCAAAGGAGCUCUGACUGCUGUGCAACCAGGCAACACUGAGCCCCAGACCAUCUUGACUUUGUAAUGGAAAAAGAGAAUCCAUAGCAAGCUACUCAGCAGCUAAUCAAUCAUCAGAGUCCACCAGGCUGGGCACAGAAGAUUGAAUCUCUUACAUACAUGAGGAGGAAGAAGAAACAGCUGGGGCAUGGGAUGGAGUUAUGCUUCGAGUAAGGGAAUCUGUUGUAAGAGAGAGGCGGCUGCAUUAAUCUGUUAUAAGAGAGAGAGGUUAUGCUGUGUUAUGGAAUGGCAGAACAAUAUUCCUGCUUUUUUUAUGCCACAAUUUUUUUUUUCUUGAUUGUAUUACAUUGAUAUCAAGUUAUGGGUCACUUGCCACAGGUUGCCACAAGUUGGUUAUUUUAACCUAAUAGCUGUCUGGGUAUCAAGACUUUGUAUUCUAAUAGCCUGUCUGCCCAGAGAAGUAGAUCUGGGAGGUGAAGUGGGCAGCUGGCAUAAUAUAUGGACACUUGAACCCGGAAAUGAAAGACAGCUGCUAGGUCUAAUUUUAAACAUAGCUCUUGAUCAGAUCCCUCUAGAUCCUGCUUGUCCUGCCACAGCAAAGUCAUUAGUGGGAGUAGAGACGCAAGAAGUUGAAGAUACUGGUUAAGAGCUUUUGUGAGGAAGGGAAUCACACUUGUUCCAGUUAUGGUAUUUCCAUUUUUCACAGCAAGCUCAGAGAUACCAAAAUUGCGAAAGGAGGACCAGAAAGCACGAAACGCGCUCUUGGCUGAUAUCCAGCAGGGAACUCGCCUAAGGAAAGUGACCCAGAUCAACGACCGCAGUGCACCACAGAUUGAAAAACCCAAAGGAGCUAACAGAGAUGGAGGUAACCCAGCUGUUACUAAAGGUGGCUCUCAGCAGCCUCUGGGAGGUUUAUUUGCUGGUGGCUUUCCUGUUCUCAGACCAGCAGGCCAGAGGGACAUGACAGCAGGGAGGCCUGGGCAGCUCUCCGGAGGCCGAGCAGCAUCCCCCAGACCCUCCGCGCCGCCGAGCAGCGGCGCUGCCAAGGCGAACAGCACCCCCUCGCACCCGGCCGAGGUUCCAAAGGCAGCUGUCCCACCGGAGCCCCCCGGCACCUCCCGAGCCGCAGCGGGAGCGGCUCCCGGGCGGCCCAGCCUGCCCGCCCCCCCUCCACCGCCCCCCGCUUCCAGCAAGCCUUGCCUCACCUUCCCUCCUCCUCCCCCUGUGCCCCCUCCGGCCGAUCGCCCUGCCAAGGGCGUGACCCCCGGCGCUGCUCCCCCGGCCCCGCUCCCUCCCCCUCAGGCUGACAAACCCGGCAAGCCUCAAGCAGCCGCUUCGCACCCGCCCCCGCCGCCCCCUCCUCCUCCUCCUCCCCCGCUGCCCCCCGUGCCCCCCUGCGGGCUGCCGGGCAGGGCCGCCGAGGCCUCUGCGGCCGCCGCCGCUCCGGCCGAGGGAAGGGACUGUCCCCCUCCCGCGCCGCCGCCCCCGCCUCCUCCGCCGCCGCACGCCCACCCCCCGCCCGCCAACAGGCUCUCCUUUCCCCCCUCCCCGGCCUUCAGCGGGGCCGACGUGCCCCCUCCGCUGCCCCCCAAGUCUCCCCACUUGCUGUCACAGUUCCAUAAGCCAAGCAACAUCCAGUCGCUGCCGCUGCCACCCACCCCCGGCCCCCCUCAGCCCGCAGCCGUGGUGGAGACCAGGAAGAAGAGACCCGGCCGAGGCGCAGGAACCGGUGCUGGGAAGCUGGUCACGCCUCCACAGCCACCCGCAAGAUCCCCAACAACUGAACUUACAAGCAAGUCUGGAGUCUCAGCCUGGGCUACAGCUCAUGACCCCUACACACCACUUAAAAAUGGAAAUAUGCACAUCAUUGAUGACUUUGAAUCAAAAUUUACUUUCCAUUCUGUGGAAGAUUUCCCCCCACCUGAUGAAUUCAAACCAUUUCAGAAAACAUAUCCCAGCAAGAUACCCAGAGAUCCCUCUAAAAAUCCUCCGUUAAGAACACACGUGAGAUGAGAAGAGUCUUCUGAUGUUCUCUGGACUAGUAUUAAAAAAGAAGAUCAAGAUAAUAUAUAAGACAGAAGGGGUCCUUGUUGCAGUGAUAGAUUGUACUUGAGUCACAAGUACUGCAAUAUUAACAUUUCUAUAAACUGUAAAACAAUAUAAAUUAUACCUUUUGAACUGGCCUACAUACUACAGGAGUGUUAGUAUAGGCUUUUAAAUUACUGUAUAUAGGUGAAUAUUUUUUAAGCAAAGCAGCAUAAAAUUUAAAUUCUUUGUAGUGUUGAAACAAUUCUCAUUCUUACCGUGCUGACAAUGUUACCUCAGAAUGUUUUGUGCUACGUGCCUGUAGUUCUUUUUACCCCUUCCAUGAUAAUUUUUGGAAAUUCUCCCAUUAUUAUUUAGACAUUUUUUCAAUGAACUGUCAAACUAAUAUGCUAUCUUUAGUCUGUUUUUAUGUUUCUUCACUUCUUCCAUUCUGCCUGGCCUCAGAUUGCAGCAGGAUGUCACUUUCAUAAAGAGAUGGGCCCACAAUCCUUUUCUCAUGAAGCAUGAAGAGGAGAUGCCAAGGAGCUGUGGCUGCUAAUGAGCCUACCUCCUAAUGAUUACAUAUCCUUAUAGGAUAGUGUCUGAAGAAGCCCAGCUGGGUAGGGUGGUCAUGGACUUGACAAAGAUGACAGAACCUUUCCAAAGUAGAGGAAAAGGAAGUUGCUCUAUUGUAAGCAAGAAAAAGAAAUGGUGUGUGUGAAUACACGUGCCAUGAUGAGCAUAUGUAAGGACCCAUGUCCUGUCUUUUGCUGCUGGCAAAGUCGGUAUUUACCAUUUCUGUGACUGAUAGAUUGCCUUUACCCAACAAUUACAAAGCCUUUGGAUGAGGGGUCCAAAACCUACAUUUUAGAGCUACUACUAUUUGCUAGCAGUGAAGGUUCAUUGUCCAAAACACACCACGUGGAACACUCAGCCCCCAAAGUGGUUGUUGUCUCAAACACAGUUGAAUGGGGAAAGUAACAACCUAGCAGCAGACAAGACUUGAACUCAUACUUUUAAUAUUCAGACCUUGGGUAAGGUCUUUGGAUCACAGAUGUUUAGAUCUGGUCCUAAGAUGGCUAUUUCUAGCAUUUAUUACCCUUAUUCUUGUGCAUUGGGAGGAGUGGUGCCAGGGAGGUGUCAGGGAAGUGAUUCUUCCCCUCUGCUCAGCACUAGCGAGGCCACACCUGGUCUGUGGCCACAUGUGCUGUGUCCAAAUUCUGGGCUCCCCAGUGCGAAGACGACAUGGCCAUGCUGAAAAGAGUCCUACAAAAGGCCACAAAGGUGAUGAAGGGGCUGGAGCAUCUCUCCUAUGAGGAAAGGCUGAGAGAGCUGGCACUGAUCAGCCUAGAAAAGAGAAGGCUCAGAGGGGAAUCUCUCCAAUGUAUAUAAAUAUUUGAAGGGAGGGUAUAAAAAUGGAGCCAGACUCUUUUCAAUGGUGUCCAGUGACAGAACCAGAGGAAAUGGACAACUGCAAGACAAGAGCCGCUGUCAGAACAUCAGGAAACACUUUUUUGACUGUGCAGGUGACUGAGCCUUGGAACAGGUUGCCAAUGGACCUUGUAGAAUCUCACUCCUUAAAGACAGUUAAAAGCCAUAUGGACUUUGUCCCCAGCACUAGGUGACCUUGCUUGGCCAGGGGUGUUGGACCAGAUGACCUGUAGCAUUCCCUUUCAAUCCCAACCACCCUUUGAUUCCCCUUUUUACGGCUUUUGAGUUCCUGGACCUGGCUUACAACAACCCAAGGCACCGCUGGGGCCAGAGUGGCUGGAAAUCUGCCUGACACUGAAGAACCUGGGUGUGCUGGCUGACAGUGGCCAACUAAACAUGCUGAACAGGGGCCAGUGUGUGCUCAGGUGGUCAAGAAGGCCAACAGCAUCCUGGCUUGAGAAGAUUCAGAGGGGACCUUAUCGCUCUCUAUAACCCAAAAGGACACUGUACCAAUGUGGGGGUCAGUCACUUCUCUCAAGUAACAAGGCACCGGACAAGAAGAAAUGCCCUCAAGCUGUGCCAGGGGAGGUGUAGAUUUGAUAUUAUGAAAAACAUCUUCACCAUAAAAGGUGGUCAGGCAUUGAAACAAGCUCCUCAGGGAAGUGGUGAAGUCACCAUUUAAUGCCUCCAGGUAUUUAAAAGACUUGUAGACACAGCACUCAGGUGAUGCCUCAGGUUUUAGCUUUUCCAUUUCUCAGAUUCUGUACUGCUUUAGUUUGUAAUUCUGAGCUUCAUAUUAGGGAAUGGCAAGCUCUCAUCAUAGAGUAGGUAGGGAAAACAAUUCCUUCUCUAGCUGUGGACCAAGGACAAAUUAUCCAAAUUUCAGGCCCAAGAGCAUGGACAACGGUGGAAUGAAGAGAGACAAACAAGAAGGAUGAGACUUCAUAACCUAAAGCUAUAAUUGGACAAUUCACUCCAAUGUGCUAAUGGACUAGAACUUAUAAAAGUGAGAGACCUCGUGACUGGUCGUCC